GCUCUGGAACAGCCGGCAGGGGAGAGGUACUGGAGAGGCAUCGGGGGCAAGGGGGGGCUGCAGCGGGUCCUGGCUCUGGAGCCAGCGCCUCGUCCCGUGGAGGAGCCGAGCAAGGACGGAGAUGCCCCCUUGUUGUUGCCACGUGAGGAGCCGGCAGCGAAGGAGAUGAGUCGGGAGGAGGGUGGUGAUGGAAUGGGUGACGUCAUCAGGAAAGCAGCUGCACCGGCCGGGGAGGGGAGUUAUAAAAAGGCCCAGAAGAAUGAGCGGGAGUCCAUCAGGCAGAAGUUGGCCCUGGGCAGUUUCUUCGAUGAUGGCCCAGGACUCUACACCAGCUGCAGCAAGAGCGGCAAGCCCAGCCUGUCCUCCCGGUUACAGAGCGGGAUGAACCUGCAGAUCUGCUUUGUCAACGACAGCGGCAGCGACAAGGACAGCGAUGCCGACGACAGCAAGACAGAGACCAGCCUGGACACGCCGCUGUCGCCCAUGAGCAAGCAGAGCUCGUCCUACUCCGACAGAGACACCACAGAGGAGGAGUCAGAGUCCCUGGACGACAUGGACUUCCUCACCAGGCAAAAGAAGCUGCAAGCUGAAGCCAAGAUGGCCUUGGCCAUGGCAAAGCCCAUGGCCAAAAUGCAGGUGGAGGUGGAAAAGCAGAACAGGAAGAAAUCACCCGUAGCGGAUCUUCUGCCACACAUGCCUCAUAUAAGUGAAUGCCUGAUGAAGAGAAGUUUGAAACCCACUGAUCUAAGAGACAUGACUAUCGGGCAGCUACAGGUGAUAGUCAAUGAUCUGCACUCACAGAUAGAAAGCUUGAACGAGGAGCUGGUGCAGCUGCUGCUGAUCCGGGACGAGCUGCACACGGAGCAGGAUGCCAUGCUGGUGGACAUCGAGGAUCUCACCAGGCACGCUGAGAGCCAGCAGAAGCACCUGGCAGAGAAGAUGCCAGCCAAGUGA